GGGGGCACAAAUGGGGGCAUUACUGACCACGCCCCGUGUGAAGCCACACCCCUAUCGUUUUGCCCGGGGCGCAACCACAGCCAGAACCGGCCCUGUACAAGAUGAACAUAAAAUGAACACUCAUCUGACCAUGGAAAAGCAGAACAUUUGAAAACAUGGAAGACACUUCAGUUGAAUUUAGCUUCACAAAUAAUGAAACAGAUUACAGCCCCUGGAAUGGAUAUAUAGAAUAUAAUCCAAAUAUAAAGAUUUUAUUUGUCACUUUAUUUAUUUGUUAUAUUGUAACCUUCAUCCUGGGAACUAUCGGGAAUGGAUUGGUAAUCUGGAUUACUGGAUUCAAGAUGAAGAAGACAGUUACUACUAUAUGGUUUCUUAACCUGGCUGUAGCUGACUUUGCUUUGAGUGUUUCCAUACCUCUGCUACUGUACAUUGCUAACAUCAUAGUAAAGGAUCUCAAUAAACUAAUAAUAUGCAAGGCCACGACUUUACUGUUCUUCAAUAUGUCAGUCAGCACCUCUUUCCUAAUGAUUAUCAGUAUUGACCGAUGCACAUCAGUCAUGUUUCCUGUGUGGUCACAAAACCACAGAACUCUCAAAUUAUCUUCAGUGAUCUCAGCAGUUGUCUGGACAUUCUGCUUUAUACUCAAUUCCCCAUAUCUUGCUUUCAUGGACACUGUCUAUGACCCAAUUGACAAUAGCUCAUACUGCGUUCCCAUGUAUGGUGAAGAUGAUUAUACAUCACAUAUGACGGCUAUUGCUAUGGAAAUUUCCAGACUUGUACUGAUGUUCAUAAUCCCAUUUUCUAUAAUAAUAAUUUGUUACAGCCUUGUCACAUUUAAACUUAGAAGAAGUAGAAGUGUUUCUGGGUCACGUCGACCUUUUAAAGUCAUUAUUACCAUUGUCAUUUGUUUCUUCUGCUUUUGGUUCCCAUUACAUUUAUUGUCCUUCUUAGUGAUCAUGAAUGCUGACAUCAGUGGAAGUAUAUGGUUUGCCCUGAAUAUCAUUGCUUAUUUCUUAUGUUUCUUUAACAGCUGUGUAAAUCCCAUAAUUUACGUAUUUGUCGGAAGGGAUUUCAGAAAGAUUUUAUUUAAGUCCAUCCCAUUUCUUCUAGAGAGCACAUUCAGAGAGAGGUAUUAAGUGGAUACAGAGCAUUGAUAUGAUCAGAUUUAAUUGUUAACUGAAAUGAAAACAAAACAUUAUUUCCGGGCAGAUGUACUAAGCCUUGAAAAGUGAUAAAGGGGAGAAUGAUAAAGUGACAACCAAUCAGCUCCUGUCAU